AUGAAGUCUGUUGGCUCAUCUGUGUUUCCAUUUGUCUUCGCUCUUCUUUUCUCAUUUUUAUGGGCAACUUCGGCUCACACUCAGGAAAACUUUGUUCAGUGCCUGAUCACCCUUUGUUCUGAAAACUCCACCUCAAUUUCUAAACUCAUUUACACCCCAGCCAACUCCUCAUAUUCCUCUGUCUUGCAAUUCUCCAUACAAAACCUCAGAUUCUCAACACCUGCCACCCCAAAACCUCUAGUCAUUCUUACACCAUUGCAUGUCUCCCACAUCCAAGCAGCCAUUCAUUGUUCCCUGAAAUACGGCAUGGAAAUAAGAGUUCGAAGCGGCGGUCACGAUUAUGAGGGUCUUUCCUAUGUUUCAGAUGUGCCGUUUGUCAUAGUUGAUCUAAUUAAUCUUCGAUCAAUCAGUGUUGAUGCAGAGAAUAGGAAGGCGUGGGUUCAAGCUGGUGCUACUAUCGGUGAAGUCUAUUAUAGGAUUGCCGAGAAAAGUAGAACUCUUGGCUUUCCGGCAGGAAUUUACACGACUCUGGGCGUUGGUGGACACUUCAGCGGGGGAGGGUACGGCACAUUGUUGCGCAAAUAUGGCCUUGCUGCUGAUAAUAUUAUCGACGCACAAUUGAUUGAUGAAUUUGGUGGAGUUUUCUAUAAUGAAAACUCUUGGAAACCCACUAGUUCAUCACUGUAG